CUGCUCUCACAUCAUUGCCCCUCCUUCACAACAACACUUUUUAAACUCUCACAACAACAAUCUCUCAAGCUCGAUCAAAUACCAAUUGAACAUCUUCAAUCCAAACCCAACCCAAACGACACGAACCACACAUCCACUUCAAUCAUGUCUGCACCAAACCAAGGCCGUCAGUCCCCAGACCCAGAGCGUCAAUCUGGCGCACAGCAGAAGGAUGUCCCAGCUGGAGAUGUCAACAACCAGGGCCAGAACCAACCUGGUCAGCAAGCUGCCGAGCAGAGCAAAGAUCAAUUGAAGAAUUUGGGAUCGAACCCAGGUGGACCUUUGGAUAAGGCUGCGGAGGAGAAGACGAAACACAGCUAGAUCACUUGCUGAAGGAAAUUGGUCGUGGAGCAAGAACGAUACUAGGUACGGCAUGAGGGCAUGAAUUUGAGGCGAAGCGCAAAGCCGCUCGAAUGUAAAGUGUAGAUGAUGAUCAUGAAUGCACAAGGUCUCUAGUGAGACUUCUCCUGA